CCUAGAAUGUAAACACUCCUCCUGCUGCAGGAGCAGCAGCACAAGCAGAGUUAGCUUCUAUUUCACCUGCCAGGACCCUUCAGUCAUCGCAUUUAUCACUGCCAAUAAUAAUCCCUAUAGAUAUCAUAUUAGGUUAUAAACUCUUUUUCGGGACUUUACGAGACCGAGUCGAAUUGCUGCGGUAAAUCUAAAAGGAUUAGCUGGUUGAGCUAGGUAGCUUUCAGAUGUGUUGACUCUGCUUCACGCUGCUUUUAAAGCCUUAAGUUUGUCCUUCUCGGUGCCGAAAUGCAGCUCUCCCUGGUGAGUCUGUGCGCCAGAGAGGUGGUGAGUGACCACAGCUCGUCCCCCGGCUGGGUGAGGUGGGUGCCCAGGGAGCUGUACAGACCGCUGCUGGAGGCCGCCUUCCACAGCUGCAGACCUCUGGCCGUGAGUGAGCUAGUGCAGCGGUGGCCUGAGCGCACACUGCGCGUCGGAGGCAGGAGGAAACAGGGGCAAACUGCGCCAAAUCGACUCUGCAUCCAGGCCCUGUUACUAGCAGUCGUUAGAGGACUCUCGGACCACAGGUGUGCGCUGCAAAUGCUGGACCUUUGUGGACUGCAAGGAGAUGAAGGAGGAAUGGGAGACCCGAUGGGAGGCUGGUCCCUGACUGUAGCCCUCUGUACUGUGGUGGUUCAAGCCAGAGCUGGAGCACAGAGGGGCCAGAGGAAAGAAGGAGAGCGGGAGAGAAAGCGGUUCUCAGCUCUGGAAAGAGAGAGGGAUAUAAAAAGAGAAAGGGGCCAGAGGAAGAGGGGAAGUGAACUCGGCGGCGAUGAGACAAGCUCCGAGAGUGAGAGGGUCAUGAGUGAAGAGGAGCUGAUUAAAGGAGUCCGGAGGAGGAUGGAGAUGGAGAGGAAAAGAGAGGCAGCAUUGACGGGUCCAGGGGGGAGUAAAAGAGAGAGUGAAGAAAAAGAGUUUGAUGGUGAAGUGCUGAUGCACGUGAGAGCUGAUCUUUUCGUCAACGCCCGCUCUUGGGAGCGUGUUCGCGUAGCUCUCAGCGCAUCAGGACCCAUCAAGCUUCAGUGCCGAUAUCUGCGUGUGGAGGAGUUUUCAGUGUCCAGUAUCAGGACUCUGCUCGGGCUGCUGCCGCGCAGGGGUCUCCUGGGCGUGGACGUCCGCUACAGCAGCCUCGGCGUCGCUGGCUUGGCCGAACUGCUGCCUCUGCUCUCCACCUUCCCCGCCCUGAACUCCCUUCGUCUGCACUACUGUAACCUGGACUUUCGUAGAGACCACCUCGGUCAAGAAGAGGCGUUAAGGGAUCUGUCACAGGGCCUGGCUCACCUGCAGGAGCUGCGACGCCUCAGCCUCACUGCACUGCGACUGCCCGGUCAGUUGCGUGUGCUGCUCAGCUCGCUGCCUCAGCCUCUGGAGGUUCUGGAGCUUCCCUACUUGAGCCUGAGUCCAUCCGACCUCAGCUAUCUGUCCAGCAGCCACCACGCUCCCACGCUGCAGCAGCUGGAUCUGAGCGAAAACCGCGUGGAUGAACACACCCUCCCCUCGAUUCGCCGCCUCCUCACCCAGGCCUCCAGCAGCCUGCAGCACCUCUCUUUAAGCGGCUGCGGGUUGACUGAUGGCCUGCUGGGUCUCUUGCUGCCCUCGCUCGGGGGCUGCUGCGCCCUCAAGAGCUUGGCCUUGGCCCUUAACCCGCUCUCCAUGGCUGGCCUCGUGGACCUGGUGAAGAUGGCUGUGAGAAUGCCCUCCUUGCGACAGCUGCUGUACCCCAACCCCCUGGAGGACUACCAGCCCGGCCUUCCCGACCUGCCCUCCAGCGCCCAGCUCUUAGACUGGCCCCUGGAUGAAGCCACAGACAUCAACGCAACCGGCAGUCAACUCAACGGGCUGCUGAUGGAGGGUGGGCGCUCUGACCUCUUCCUGACCUGCGACCUGCUCAAUUAUGAUAAAGACUUGGUGGACUAGAGCAGAGUUCAGGGCUUUUUAGUUCACUCACUCCAGAGUCAUGUGCAUAUGUACCUGACAAUCAAACUCUGUUCUUGUCAAGUAUGUUUAUUGUCUCAUUUUCUCAGCAUCUGUCGUGUUAACAGUUAUUUUUAUUUAUGCUUUUGAUGCCCAGUAAUCAGCAUUAAGGUUAGAUGCUUAGAUGAGAGAGGUGGCAUUGAGGAGGUUACCUGUGCCACUAAAUUAACCAGUCCGCACUGCUGGAAGCAUGAAUGUGAUGUAAAAGGUAACAAAUCAUAACAACUUAAAUGUUGGUCUGAUGCUGUUCUACACAUGAGCUUUCUUCCUCUUAAGAUUUGGUGGUAAAACACAAAUAGAAUGAGGGGAUAAUUGAAUAUCUGCUGAUACACAUUCAAUCAGAAGGUGCUGCACUACCACUGCCAUACAAAGAUAAACAUCAAACAAUCAAAACUACAAGUAUCCUUUAACGGGAACUGAAUGUAGCUACAAAAUAUUUAGUUUUAUUUGAGCGAUGUACCUAUCGUGUUUUUGUAAAAUGAUGUUUUGUUAUGUAUGUUUCACUCCACCAGCAUCAGGAAAUGACAAUACCAAAUCAGCCUUAUUAUCUACCACAGCAAUGUAUUUAUAUACUGUAAGUCACAGAAUAAACAGUCACUCAACAACGUUC